ACGUGCACCGCGAGAUCUUCUUCCGCCUCCCAGCCCGGUCCCUCUGCCGUGCCCGCGCCGUGUGCAGGUCCUGGCGCGACCUCGCCUCGGAGCCCAGCUUCCUCCGCGCUCACGCCGGCCGCGCGGCCGCCGCGCCCCUCCUCCUCACCUGGUCGGACACGGUCACCGAACGAGACGGCACGAGGGACUGCACCGUCCACCUCAGCAUCCAUCAGGAGCGGGGCCGUCGUGCCGGAGACCGCCCUGCUGCAGCCGCCGGUGACGGCGACGACGGCCACGGCCACGGCCGCCAGACCCCGCUGCUGCGACCUCCGCCUCGUCCCUACCGCCCGUCACCCGAGCAUCUCCGGCGGCAUGAGAUCGUGGGACGGGAUCCUGUGCGUGGAGAUGUGGGUGCGGCCGCAGCCACCGGCGUUCGCGGAGCACGUCCCCUGCUCGUACCUGCUCCUCAACCCGACCUCCAGGGCGUGCGCCAUCGCCUCAGCCCCCGCCCUGCGCGGCGGUACGCCCGGCAGCCGUUCCGACCGGGGCUACAUCGCCGGCGCCUACUCGCACCCCGUCACAGGCGUCUUCCACCUCCUUCACUCGUCGGGGAGCGCUAUGGUCGACUGCGGCGAAAAAACACCUCGCUUCCGGGUUCUGACAGUGGACACACCCGACGCGGCCUGGCGCGAGGUCCCAAUGUCCGGCGACGGCAACACUGCGAGGCUGCAGACCGUCGUUGGCCGUUUCAGCCUCCAGAGCUCCGCGACCGCGCACGGCCGCUUGCACUGGCGAGUGGCGCGGGCGCAGGCCAAGCGCCGGCCGCACGACAAGGAGGAGGAGGAGCUGCUGGUCUUCCACGCCGCGAGGGAGGAGUUCGGACGCAUGGCCCUGCCGCAGCUGAACGAGGCCGGAGCGGUCAGGCAGCAUGCCAUCAGCACGGUGGCGGGCAAGCUGUGCCUCCUCGCCGGCCUCGCGUCGACGGCGCUGGAGGUGUGGGUGCUGGAGGACUACGACGCCCGGGACUGGCGGCGGAGGCACGUGGUCCAUGUGGCGCCGAACUCGCCGCUUCACAGGGACCAUUGCUUGCACAGCGUGCUUGGGAGCGUCGGGGUUUUGGAGGAGAUCAUAUUCUUCAAUUCCUCGCAGAAGGUUUACAAAGUCCAGCCCGGAUCGCGCUACGGAUCGAGGCCUAGCGGGUUCUUCGGACAUGGUCAGGGGCUAGCAGUCCACGAGCAGAGCCUCCUGCCGCACAACGUCAUCUUUGGAACGAUGCCACGGGUUCGAGGUAUUGUCCCAACAAUGGCGGGCAGAGCCUCCUAG